AUGGCCAGGCCUUACUACACGGACGAGUUUGUCUACGGAUGGCCGCAAAAAAAUUGUGGUUGUUCGCAGAUCAUUGAGUCGUGCUCCUACUGCUGCGGCAGCUUCACUGCCCGCGCACCACGCCGUGAAGCCACAACGGAGUCGGCAUCCUCGUCCUCGCCACCCACAUCGUCGUCGCCACGGGCCUCGGUCAUGACUCGCUACCACAACCAGGACGUGGCCCAGCUGUCGGUUCGCGGCGUGUCGUUUGAUGCGAGCUUUGUGGAUAGCGUGGCAAUCCGGCACGGCGACAAUGGCAGCCACAGCGGUGGAAGCAGCGGCAGCCAUGGAGGCAGAAACCCUAGCCGCCGCGACCCAGACCACGGAUUGCCACCUUCGCCGUCGUCUUCCACUGCUUCUUCUGCCUCGUCGUCGUCGUCGUCACCGUCGUCGCCAUUAUCGCCGAAACGAAGACCUCGCUUUGGCCGGAACAAGAAGGGGUCGAGUGGCGAAGGUCGAGACAGUGGUUCAAAGAGCAGUCGUUGA